GUAACGCUAAUGAUGUGUAUGACGAUACCAAGGCAGGACUUGUGUCCUUAGGAUAAUAACGACAGAUGUAGAACCCUCAAGCCAAAUUGUCUACAGAUGCAACCCAGCACAGAUGUGGGUGGGACAUUGUAAAAGAGGGCCAGAGAGAGAGAGAGAGAGAAUAGUCCAGAUGUGACGCGCUGCCGGACGAGCCAGACACGACGAUCCAGUGUUGUUGAUGAAGAAUAGAAAAUGUUCUACCAUCGAGGGAAAGUCUGCGCUAUUGAUGGGCUUUCUCAUUUAUAACGGGUGUAUGUGUGUGUCUGGUUAACCGUCAGAGGUGAAGGAUCAGAGGUCACAUCAGGUCGGAGGCUAGAGGUCAGGGGUCAUGUCUACUGUGGCAUUCCAGAACCUUCCUCUCAACAUUUAUAUGGUCAUCUUCGGGACCGGAGUCUUCGUCUUCGUCCUGAGCCUCAUCUUCUGCUGUUACUUCAUCAGUAAACUGAGGCACCAGGCCCAACGAGAGAGGUUUGGAUAUAAAGCGGUGGUGUUCAAAGGGGAUACAAAGAAACUCAAUCUACACGGGCAGACAUGUGCUGUGUGCUUGGAGGACUUCAGAGUGAAAGAUGAGCUAGGAGUGUUGCCAUGCCAACAUGCCUUUCACCGGAGAUGCCUGGUGAAGUGGCUGGAGGUGCGCUGUGUGUGUCCCAUGUGUAACAAGCACAUCGCUGGGCCACCUGAACAACGCCACAGCCUGGGCACACUGCUGGAUGAACUGGUGUAG